AUGUCAUCCUUUUGUGAUGUAGAGGGCUGGGCUGUCUUCAGUAGCAGCCGCGCGAUGGAUUUCACAUUGUGUUUCCAAAACAGUGUGGUAACGCUGAUCCCAAACGUGCUCCUGAUGAUAUUUAUCUCCCCUCGCCUGUUAACAGUUGUCGGUAAGGGUCGUCUCGAAGGUGUCAAGGCAACCCCCGUCUUUCUCUUCAAGGUGGUGGCAGUGCUCGCUGCGUUCGUUGUUCAAUUGGGAGUCCUCAUCAAGGUUAUCUCCAACAGCGACCUCUAUGGCAGCUCCAGUAUUCUGAGCACAGUUAUCUACUUGGUUGGCUUAGCUGCAGCUGGACUGUUGCAUUGGUUCGAGCACUUCAACAUGGCCAACCCUGCCUCCUCCCUCCUUGUUUUCUGGCUCUUCUCCGCCUUGAUAUCUAUCUUCCCCACCCGGUCGUGGAUCCAGGCCACCCCCGAGGGUCUCUCUUCCCUACUGCCAAUCCUGAAGCUCGUCUUCACUAUCCUCGCCCUCUUGGUGUUUAUCUUCGAGAACAUCCCUAAACCCAACUACAAGUCUCUGACUCGACCCAACACCAAUCGCCCUGCUCAGUCCAACCCUUCGCCCGAACCACACACCAAUUAUUUUAAGCGUGUGACUUUCUUCUGGCUGCUCCCUCUUCUCCGCCUCGGCAAGACUCGUACUCUCAAGAUGGACGAUCUUUACAAUAUCAACCCAAAACUCCUCAGUUACCCUCUCUACCUCACUACCAAGGCUAAGCUGGAUGCUGAAGAGGCUAUCGCGAUCGAGAAGGCGCAGACAGGAGCAGCUAUCAAGAAGGCCAAGGAAGCUGGCGAUGAUACGGCAGCGAGACGACUCACACCCAAGAUCAGCCUUGCAGGAACCAUCUUCCACACCGUCGGAUACACUUUCAUGUCGGCAGCUAUCCCUCGUGUCUUCUACAUCUGCUUCUACUACAUUCGACCCAUUCUUUUCUCCCAACUGGUCGGCUUUGUUGCCAGUUACAAUGAAGCCGGCAUGAAGAAUGCCGAGCCUCAGACACCGUGGAAGGGGUUUGGAUACGUGAUUGCCGUCGUCGCCGCCUCGAUCCUCUCCUCUCUCUUUGACGGACAGUUCCAGUUCAUCAACUACAACGCAGGACUCAAGGCUCGCAGCGUCUUUGUCACCCUCGUCUACCGCAAGUCCCUCCGCCUCAGCUCCACCAACAAACAGGAGGGUAUGGGCUCGAUCGUCAACCACAUGUCCACCGAUGUUGACAAGGUCGUGGCCUUCUUUGACAUCAUCCACCUCCUCUGGUCGGCCGUGGUCGAGAUGAUUAUAACGAUCGUCUUGCUCUACAAAGAGGUCCGCUACACCAUUUUCGCCAGUAUUGGUGUCGUCGCUGUCAUGUUUUUCCUCGGAGGUCUCAUCUCCCCCUUCCUGGGCAAGAACAACAAAGCCAGCAUGAAGGCCUCGGACAGACGCAUGAAAAUCAUCAACGAGCUGGUCGGAGCUAUCAAGUCGGUCAAGUUGUAUGGGUGGGAAGAGUAUUUUAUCAAGAAGAUCUCUGAUGCCCGUGAUGAGCAGCUCGUGUACUACCGUCGAUUCUACUCCUGGGUUACUGUCUUGGCUACCAUCAUGAACAUGAUCACGCCAUUUGUUAUUUUCGUCACCCUCGCCGUCUAUGGAGUCAUUGCGCCCGCUGACGCACCUCUAGACUCACGCCGCAUCUUCACUGCUAUUACUUUGAUCAACAUGCUCCAGAGCCCUCUCGGUCAGCUCAGCAACUCCAUGUCUGCCAUCGUCACCGGCAAGGUCGCUUAUGUUCGUCUCCGUGAUUUCCUGAACUCGGAAGAGAUUGAUGAGACCAACGUUAUCAAGAACCCAGAUGUCACUGCCUCGGAGAUCGCCUUUGAGGUCACCAACGGAACCUUUGGAUGGUACACUCCCGAAGCUAUCGAUGCCGCGAUCGAAAAGAAGGCCAAGGAGGAUGAGAAGAAGGCCAAAGAGGAGGCCAAGAAGAACAAGAAGAACAAGAAGGCACCUGUUGCCCCCGCCACCGCUGAACUCGAGUCCUCCACCACUUUGGACGAGAAACCUGAUCCCGCCGUGACUGAUGAGAAAGCCGCCCACACCGCCUCAGAAACCCUACCUGCCACCCGCGAUAGCAUGGGCCCUGUCAUGCACGAUAUCAACCUCCAGAUCCGUCGUGGCGCCUUGACAGCUAUCGUUGGCCGUGUCGGCGAGGGAAAGUCGUCGCUUGUCGGCGCUCUCCUUGGUGAAAUGUACAAGUACUCUGGUCAAGUCCGCUCCUUCGGUUCUCUCGCCUAUGUUAGUCAGACAGCCUGGAUUCUCAAUGCUACUGUUCGCGAGAACAUUCUGUUUGGUCGUCCCUUUGACAAGGAGCGCUAUCUCGAGACUAUCCGUUCUUGUGCCCUAGUUCCCGACUUCAAGAUGCUCGUCAGUGGUGACAAGACCGUCAUCGGUGAAAAGGGUAUCAACUUGUCGGGUGGUCAGAAGCAGCGCAUCUCCAUCGCCCGUGCAGUCUACGCCAACGCAGACGUGUACAUCCUCGACGACCCGCUCUCAGCCGUCGACGCCCACGUCGAUCAUCACAUCUUCAAACACGCACUCACCACCAUCCUUGCCGACAAGACUCGUAUCCUGGUCACCAACGGCGUUAAUCACCUCAAGGAGGUCGAUCAGAUCAUUGUUAUCAAACAAGGACGGAUCACACAGGACGGCGUGUAUGAGGACCUUAUUCAGAACGUUGACGGUGAUCUAUACCGGUUGAUCCAAGAGUCCAAGCUGGUUGCCAGCAAGGAUAGCUCUGACUCAUUGAGAUCUGAGGCUGAGUCUGGGUCGGAGGUCAACGCGGAUGAGGAUAAUGCUUCAGUUGUUCCCGCCGUCUCUGAGAAGGAGGCGUUACCUCCGUCAGCCGAUCGCCCUAUCUACAAGCGCGCCAAAUCGUCUAAGGUCGAGGAGGAAGAUCAGGUCGAGAUCAAUGAGAAGAACGAAGUCGACGAAGAGAUCAUCGCCGAGGGCCGCGUAGGAUGGGAAGUCUAUAAGUACUACAUGACCAGCAUCGGACUAGGCAGCGUUUUCAUCUUCGUCUGUGCCGUCCUUAUCGACCUUUCAGUCCUGAUCGGUACCCAGCUCUGGUUGGAACGAUGGGGUGACAGCAACUCGAAGGACUUUGGCAACAAUCACUCAACUCUGUACUGGAUCAUGUCCUACUUCGGGUGGGUCGUCGCCGGCGCACUAACUCUCGGUUGUGCCAUUGGUCUCUCGAUGGUUUUCAUGGCUCUCCGCGGUUCUCGUCAUCUACAUGCCGCCAUGCUCCGCCCAUUGAUCCGUGCGCCUAUGAGCUUCUUUGAUAUCACGUCGUCCGGCAAGAUCGUCAAUCGCUUCUCGCACGAUAUCAACUCCGUCGAUUUGGAACUCCCACUCCAGUUCACCAACUUGUUAUUCCUCGCUACCAUGGCGCUCAGUAUCUUUGUUUUUGCCAUCAUCGCCACUCGUUGGGUCCUCCUUAUUAUGCUACCCGUGGCUGUUGCCUAUUACUGGCUUGGUGGUUUCUUCCUCGUCUCAUCUCGUGAGCUCAAGCGUUUGGAUCUGGCGGCUCGCUCGCCCAUGUAUGCUCAUUUCGGUGAGACACUUGCCGGUCUGGUCACCAUCCGUGCCUUCAGCGAUGCUGAUCGCCUGGCCAUCGAGGCCACCACUCUUUUGGAUCGAUCCCAGACAACCGCCUACCUGACCAACAUGACCAACCGCUGGCUCCAGAUCAUGAUUGACCAACUGAGCACCAUCAUCCUGGGAUUCGUCUGCGUCAUGGCUGUCGUCCAGCGUGGCAAUAGCGGCGAGGGGUACUUUGGUAUCAUCCUGUCCCAGAUUGGCGUCUUGACCGAUAUGAUGUCUCGCCUCUUCUCCACCGCCUGCCAGAUCCAGACUGCUAUUGUCGCGGUCGAGCGUAUUCGUGAGUAUGCCAACCUAACACCUGAGGCACGCGAUGUCAUCCCUGACUCUAAGACUGAUCCGGCAUGGCCCCAGUCCGGUGCGAUCGAACUCAAGGAUUACAGUGUUCGCUACCGUGAGGGUCUGGACUUGGUCCUCAAGGAUGUAAACGUCACCAUCCAGCCUGGUGAGCGCAUCGGUAUUGUUGGUCGCACCGGUGCCGGCAAAUCGAGUGUCACUUUGGCUCUGUUCCGUAUCAUUGAGGCCGCCCAGGGUUCAAUCAUCAUUGACGGCAUCGACAUCUCGACCCUGGGACUACACGAGCUCCGAUCGCGCUUGACCAUCAUCCCUCAGGAGCCAUUCUUGUUCGGCGACACUAUCCGUCUGAACCUCGACCCCUUUGGCAAGUACACCGACGCCGAGAUCUGGGCUGCCCUCGAGUCCGCCUCCCUCAAGUCCUACAUCACCACCCUCUCCGAAGGUCUUUCAACCGUGAUCGAGAACGGCGGCGAGAAUAUGUCCCUGGGUCAACGCCAACUCAUGUCCCUUGCUCGUGCGAUGCUGGCCAAGAGCACUCGUAUUCUUUGCCUGGACGAGGCUACUGCCGCGAUCGAUGUUGAGACCGACAACGCCAUCCAGCGCGCCUUACGUCGCGAGUUCCAGAACUGUACCGUCCUCACAAUUGCCCAUCGCAUCAACACCAUCAUGGACAGUGACAAGAUCUUAGUCCUUGAGCAGGGACGCGUCGCAGAGUUUGAUUCCCCCUCUGUUCUCCUGCAGAAGAAGGACGGGUUGUUCUACAGCCUUGCUUCUCAGAGUGGAAACGCCUAA